ACUCUUCUUUUAUUUUAAACAGAAAAAAAAAAAAAAGUAAAAUUUUUUAUAAUCAAAAUUAUUUUUGCAAAAUAUGAGCAACGUUCCAGAAUUUUACGUAGCAAGGUUUUCCGUAAAACAAUAUAAUUUAGCUCAUAAUCCUGAUUCGAAGAAAACCAAUUCUUCCGCAACUUCGGAAGUUUGUUAUGACGAUUCGAAGAAUGAUUAUGAUGAUGAUAUAUUAUCCGAUUCAACUAUAAAAGAUGAUGAAUCAUUUAGUAUGGAAAAUUCUUAUAAUACAUCUCUUACAUCUGAAGAGAAUAUUACAUUUGAUAUAACUCAAAAUGCAAAUCCUAAUAUGUAUAUUAAAGAAGAAAGAGAAAGUAAUUACAAAUUCAAAUUUGAAAGUAUAAAUAAAAAUAAAGAAACAAAUGUUAAAGAAGAAAAUGAAAUUAAAAUUCAUAAUCAGUUUCAAGAAAGUGAAGAGGAGGAAGAAGAGGAAGAAGAGGAUACAAGUGAUAGUGAUAGUGAUUAUGUUGAACCUUCGAAUAGAAAGUCGAAUAGAAAGUUGAAUAGAAAGUCGAAUAAAAAGUCGAAUAGAAAGUUUGCAAUUAAUAAAAAUAAUAAACCUUACCCAUGUAAAUAUCCAGGAUGUGGAAAAAAAUUUUCAGAUUCCGCUAGUUUACUUUCGCAUAGAGUUACAAUACACACAUUUAAUAAAAAAUAUGUGUGUCAUAAUGAAAUAGAUUUUAUGGAUAAGAGUGACUUAAAUAAAAGGAAAUCUACAGGUAUAAAACUUCAUAUAUGUGAUGAGCCAGGAUGUGGUAAAGGACUUACACGUUCUAGUAGUUUAACACUUCAUAAAAGGAUUCAUACAGGUGAAAAACCUUAUUCAUGUGAUAAUCCAAAAUGUGGAAAAAGGUUUACUCAAUUAGGUCACUUAUCAACACAUAAAAAAUCUCAUAUUAGAAGAAAACCUUUUGUUUGUAAUAAAUCAGGUUGUAAUAAGAAAUAUAAAGUUUCUAGUAGUUUGUAUUAUCAUUUGAGAUUACAUAAUGGAGAUGUUCCAUUUCCUUGCGAUUAUGAAGGUUGUGAUAAAAAAUAUACUCAUUAUGGCAGCUUAUUGGCACAUAAAAAGAAACAUAAAUAUUAGUUAUAGUUUUUAGAUUAGUAUGAUGUAUUGAAUUGUAGAAUUUGUAUGAAUUAUACGAAAUUGUAAUGAAUGUAAGAAAUUGUAUGAAUUGUACAAAUGUACGAAUUUUAUGAAUUGUUUGUUUGUAUAAAUACUUGGUCCUAAAGUUUAUAUUAGUCUCAAAGAAAAUUAUUAUACUGUAUAUUGUAUGUAUGAUAAAAUCUUUUGUCCCUCAGCCACAUUUUUUUUCAUACAUUUAAUAAAUGUCACACAAC